GGCGGCAGCGUUAUUGCGUCAUCAUUGCGGGCCCCGGAAGCAGAGAGCGACGAGGAGGUCGACUUGUUCCUCGGCACCGCGAGCAAAAUUUCCCCUCAUUCCAUCGAAAAAUAACGAUAGAGGAACCGGAUAGCAGUGGUUUGGAUGUGUCUGUAAGGUUCUUUCUUGUCUCUGAGGUCCAGCAGUGCAGUCGGUUGCCAUGGCGUCUCCCGGGGGACAAGGAGGAGGAGGAGGAGGAGGAGCUCUGUCGACGAGAGGAGGCAGCGGGGCCCGGAGGAUGAAGUGGGCUUUGGAGCUGAGCUUGGGCAACACGAGGAGUCGUGGUGACCGGCAGGGCGGUCAGGGAGACGUCGUUUACCCCAUCGGCUACUCUGAGAAACCCGUCCCUGACACCAGCAUCCAGGAGACAGACAAGAACCUGGUGGAGAAGCGUUGCUGGGACGUGGCCCUCGGGCCCCUAAAACAGAUCCCCAUGAACCUCUUCAUCAUGUACAUGUCGGGAAACACCAUCUCCAUCUUCCCCAUCAUGAUGGUCUGCAUGAUGGCCUGGAGGCCCAUACAGGCUCUUAUGUCCAUGUCUGCCACCUUCAAGCUGCUGGAGAGCUCCAGUCAGCAAUGGCUUCAGGGCCUCGUCUACCUGAUCGGUAACCUCCUGGGCUCGGCGUUGGCCAUCUACAAGUGUCAGUCAAUGGGGCUGCUCCCAACACACUCGUCUGAUUGGCUGGCUUUCAUAGAACCGCCUCAGAGGAUGGAGAUCAUGGGCGGAGGGAUGGUGUUGUGAAGAGGAUGAACCGUGCACGUAAAGGAUUCAGAUAUUUACCGAGGUUUAUAUACUGUUCGUUCUCCACCGGCUCCACGCAGCCAGACUACCGGUCACAGCUGAGAUGCAACAAAAUUUUGCCAGCUGUCUUAUUUUCUUGUCCAAAACAGAUUCAACCUCGACAGUGGCAGUUACAACAGACGAGAUGUUUGUUAAAUCUGCAGCAGGAUGUGCUGUGCAGCUUUAAGCCACGGCCUUGUCUGCCCCACACAAACAAACACACACACGCACUCACGCACACACACACACAACCUUAUGUUACUUACUACAGGCCUGCUGCUCUGCUUUAUGUCUUGAGCUCUGCUGUUAUCCUUUUUUUAUUCUCUAAAUAAAGAUUUCAAAGCCAAGAAGAUCAUCAUGUUAGCUACUGUUGAACUACUGUAAUUUUCUUCACAUACACAGGCUCACAAUAGGAGAUUAUUUAUGAGGUUGUCCUACAGAAAACAGAGUUAUAACAUGUUUUUUUCUGUUUUUUUUUGGGGGGGGGACAACAUUAAUAACAGCACUCUAACUAUAACUCCCAAAAAAUUGAGUCACAGUCUGUAAAGUGUGCGUGUGCGUGUGCGUGUGUGUGUGUGUGUGUGUGUGUGUGUGUGUUUUUUCCUCUUAAUUUUCUCUUUGUUUCUCAGUUUGUAGUGAAACACUUUAUUUUGUUAAGAUGAUUUCAGCAUGCUAGCCGGCGACAUUUACUAACCUGUAUAACUUAUAGGUCUGUUUAAUUUAUACUGAUUUGCUCUAUGAAAAUGUUCUAUGAAAUAAAUCCCUAUUGGUUGAAGUAAAAUGUUUUCAACUGGGUCAGUAAACGUGUUGUUAGGAAAAAGAAGUGUCUUAAUAUUGCUCUGGGAAUUCUGACAUCUGAUGAUUUCUGCAGAAAUGGGUCGGCACCUCGUUCAAACAAGUCGCAAUACAUAUUAAAUGGCCUUUUGUCAUGUGGACAAUGAAAAAGAUUAAAUGGUGCCAGCAAGUCUUGCAAACCUGUAAAGUCUUAUAUUAACACUGCUCAGUGAUAGUCUGCAAAACCACUAUUAGUAACACACAUAGAGAUGUUACACAAUGUUUGUUGUCUAACUAUUGACAAAAAAAUACUCUACAUUGACCAAUCUCAGUUUUUUUGUUUUGUUUUUUGUCUUAACUGAAAUUUCUGUCAAAGGAGAGAAGAGGCCGGGAUGACUGCCAGCCAAAUGUGUCUUGGGAUAAAACCUUUGUGAUGUUAAUCACUUAGGACAGCCUGCUUCAGUUAAAAAUAGGGUGUUGGUGGGAAAAUCGAAACUAAACCACUUCUGGUGAAACUGAACAGUCUUUGGUGAAAACAUACUAUGUCACAGGCGUGUUGCAUAGUGGAAAUAAUGACGAUUUCACGCUUGAAAGCAAGCUCUGACCCGUUGAUCGAUACUGAACCUUCAAACCUACAUCAGACUAAGCCGGUGUGGAUCUAUACAAUCUUAUGCAACACUGACGGGGCGGUCUUGUUGGAAUCUUGACGGGACCAUGAAUUUGACAUUUCAUUCACUAGAACAACAACAAAAAACGUUGAAUUGGAGAAUCAACGGGUGCCUACACCUUUAAGAAACAAAAUUCAGAUGUACCGAAAGCACAACGUAUGACUGAACAUUCACAUUUUUCUAUCUAAAUUCAGUUACUUUGUUAAUAUUAUAUGUUGUAAUUUAAACCAGUUACUGAUAUUUUUGAUGGUUUUAUGUUAUUGAUUUGGUGGUGGUGUAUUAAGAUUAGCUGUUUAUAUUUAUUAAUUGAUCUUGCCUUCAUGAUUGUAU